AUUCUAAUAAACCCUAAUAAAAUAAAUUCGAGAUACCUUUAUAGUUAAAGGGCAAAAAUAAAAAGAUUAUAAUCCGGUGUAUCCAUUCAUAUCACAUAAAUGAUUCCCUUUGCUUAAUUCCCCUUUCUAUUUUUUUUUCUCUUCACACCCCAGGCUUUCUAUAAUUUCUUUUCAUUUCCAUCUUCAUCUUCAAGAAAUAUAUAUUGCAUAUUAAUUAGUCUAAUUUUUUUUUUUCACUUGCUAUAAAACAUAUAUUUGAUAGUAUUUAUUAAUUCCUCUGAUCUCUCAAUGUUUUUUUUAAUAUUUUUUCAAUUUCUUUGGAAAAAUCAUGACAUGAAUUUUUUCUUAUCUUCUGGUUUCGAUAUUGAUCUGAAUUAUAUUUUCUAGCAUAAAUUAUUUAAGUAAAGACGAAAUCAGAGAGAUCAAAAGAGAAGAAGUGAAGAAGUGAAGAAGAAGAAGAAGAAGAAGAAGAAGAAGAAGAAGAAGAAGAAGAAGAGAUCAAAUUAAAGCUGGCAAAUAAUAGCAAGUGGUGGGAGAGAAUAGAUGUGGCAAGGACUGCCACCAUGGCUGGUUAUGAAUCAACUUCUACAGGUAAUAACUCUCGCUACCUUCAUCACAAUCACAACCUUCUCAGACCUGAACUUCAUCUGAUUCAAAGACCUUCAACCAUUCCUUCUUCUGAUUCUAAAGAAAACAACACCCCUUCACCAGAUCAUGCCAAGCCAAUUGCAACUAGUGAUCAUCACCCGGAUAGGACUACUUCUGGCACUAGCUCUGGGGGCGGUGGGACCAAUCCUAGUUCCCGCCCUAGAGGCCGUCCAGCUGGUUCCAAGAACAAACCGAAACCGCCCAUUAUUGUAACACGGGACAGCCCUAAUGCCCUCCGAUCCCAUGUGCUUGAGGUGUCUAGUGGUGCUGAUAUAGUGGAAAGUGUGUCCAAUUAUGCGAGGAAGAGAGGGAUAGGAGUUUGUGUUCUUAGUGGGAGUGGGAGUGUUGCUAAUGUUACUUUAAGGCAGCCAGCUUCUCCCGCGGGGAGUGUGCUUACUUUGCACGGAAGGUUUGAGAUCCUUUCUCUAUCUGGAACCGUGCUUCCUCCACCUGCGCCACCUGGUGCGGGAGGUUUGUCGAUAUUUUUGUCUGGUGGACAAGGACAGGUUGUUGGAGGGAAUGUUGUGGGACUCUUAAUGGCUGCAGGUCCUGUGGUUUUGAUGGCUGCAUCUUUUGCUAAUGCAGUUUUUGAGCGUUUGCCUUUGGAUGAUCAAGAGGAAGCUGGGGCGGUGCAGGUUCAACCCACGGCUUCUCAGAACUCGGGUGUGACUGGAAGUGGUGGACAGAUGGGUGAUGGUGGAGGAGGCAGCAGCACUGGAGGAGGUGGUUUUUUUCCUAUGGGAGGAGCUCAUCAUGGGACCUAUCCAUUUUCAGCUGAUUUGUUUGGAUCAUGGGGUGGAAAUGCUUCAAGGCCUCCAUUUUGAUUAGGGUAAAAAGGGUUUUAUUUUUAUUUUUUUCUAACGAGUGAUGAUGUUAGGAAAAAAUUAGCUUCAGAAUUUGCGUAAGAGACUUUCUGGUGAUCAGCUUUGAAUAAUUGACGAUGAAGCAAUCAAUGCUCAAGGGAAUAUAUAUAUAUAUAUAUAUACAUAAAGCAAUCAACUUGCUAGUAUAUAUUUUGUAUUAAUAUAUAAACUUGGCCCUGAUGUGAUGUUCUGGUGGCCAAAAAGAUCGAGAUCGGUCUCCUAAUUUCUUCAUUGACAAGGGGAAAAGGAAUAGAAGAAGAAGUAUAUUCAUGGAGGCUGCCUGGUAUCACUUCCUUUGGAACCCAGAUAGGAACUAGAGCGAUGAAAUUCACAGAUUUGUCAAGGUCAGUAAGUAUAACUUCAUGUAUAAACCACUUUGGGUUUUUGGUAUCGUUCCUUUUCCUUUC